GCAGCUCUCAUCUCCAGACCUGGCAUUUGCCUGAAGCGACCACGGCACCUACAGCCCCCACCAGCUGCCCAGGAAGACUCCGUGGCUCUGUUGUGAGCCAUGCUCGGGAGGCAGAUGGUCUGGUGGCACCUGCUGGCUUUGCUUUCCCUCCCAUUUUGCCUGUGUCAAGAUGAAUACAUGGAGGUGAGCAGAAGAGCUAAUAAGGCGGUGGCCAGGAUAGUGCAGAGCCACCAGCAGACUGGCCGUAGCGGCUCCAGGAGGGAGAAAGUGAGAGAGCGGAGCCACCCUAAAACUGGGACUGUGGAUAAUAACACUUCUACAGACCUAAAACCCCUGAGACCAGAUGAGCUUCCGCACCCUGAGGUAGAGGACCUAGCCCAGAUCAACCCAUUCUGGGGCCAGUCUCCACAAACCGGAGGACUGCCCCCAGACUGCAGCAAGUGUUGUCAUGGAGAUUAUGGAUUCCGUGGUUACCAAGGUCCCCCUGGGCCUCCAGGCCCUCCUGGCAUUCCAGGAAACCAUGGAAACAAUGGAAAUAAUGGAGCCACUGGCCACGAAGGGGCUAAAGGCGAGAAAGGAGACAAAGGAGACCUGGGGCCUCGAGGGGAGCGGGGGCAGCAUGGCCCCAAAGGAGAGAAGGGCUACCCAGGAGUGCCACCAGAACUACAGAUCGCUUUCAUGGCUUCUCUAGCAACUCACUUCAGCAAUCAGAACAGUGGCAUCAUCUUCAGCAGUGUUGAGACCAACAUCGGAAACUUCUUUGAUGUUAUGACUGGUAGAUUUGGGGCUCCUGUAUCAGGUGUGUAUUUCUUCACCUUCAGCAUGAUGAAGCAUGAGGACGUAGAAGAAGUGUACGUGUACCUUAUGCACAAUGGCAAUACUGUCUUCAGCAUGUACAGCUACGAAACAAAGGGGAAGUCAGACACAUCCAGCAACCACGCAGUGCUCAAACUGGCCAAAGGGGAUGAAGUCUGGCUGAGAAUGGGCAACGGUGCCCUCCAUGGGGACCACCAGCGCUUCUCUACCUUCGCAGGCUUCCUGCUCUUUGAGACUAAGUGACAGGAAGGAUAGGAUAGCUCCACUUUGGGGGAGACUUGUAGCUGAGCUUGGAGUGUUAUGAGUGAAGGGAGUUUAAUUGGGGGAUCUAUAUGGAAUAUUUAACUGUUGUAUUGGUCACAUUGCUACUCGUUCUACUGGUAUCCCAAUAAUGCUGGAUGCUUCAGAGACUCAGAAGAAUAGACCACAAGGUAACCUUCCCAGACGACCUUGGGAGACACUCAGCAUCUUUAUCACUCUUCCCUACACGUCUGAAGGAACUGUCACCUGAUGCAGGUUGGGAAUAAGUGUUCCCCUCAAAGAAAGCAUCUACAAAGAGUUUUGGUGCUCUGUUUAAAUGUAGUAUCAGCUUUGGAGCCAAACAAGUUCUAGUUCACUGUUCUUCACAUUAAAGAGAACAGCCUGAUUACAGCAGGGCUAGGGCAAGAAUUAGAGCCUAUCUUACCAGAGCCUACCUAGAGAAAUUCUUGCAAAGUCUACACUGCGAAAUAGCAUUUGGUUUUAUGGAUUUGUGUUCUUACGCUCAUCAAUAAAUUAUAAGAAAGCUUUAGUUAUUUCAGAUAACUUUUAAAUAGUAAAAUGAUUUCCAAUGCCCACAAAUAAUUGGCUCCUUGUUAAGAACAUAAACAAACAUGCAAAUUAAUAUUGAGUUCUAAUGGUUUAGAUUUCUAGAUAUAAAAUUUUCUUAUAAUCCAGAACUGGGCUUAUCACAUCUGGCUUGCCAGAUCUCGUCUUUGCUAUGGCAUUACUUGGACCACAGUAGAGCUCGCUUGACUCUGUGCAACCAGCUGAGGUAAGAUUAAGCUGAUAUAGUGCAGAUGUUAUCACAGUUUUUAAAUUUGAGAACUAUCCCAAAAUAUUUAUAUUUUAUGUAUGCCAUGUUAUGUUGAAGGACUUAUUAACAAUUAUAUACAGGCAGACUAAGGGAUGCAAAAUAUAAGAGUAUUCCAUUUAAGAGACACAAAAUAACACAUCUCAAAUGUUUGCAAUAAAGGUAAUAUUUUCUUAAUUAUCAUACUUGACUAACAUUCACAAAACAGUAAUAUGUUACAGAUGGGGCUUAUUGUUUUUUGACUAACUUUCACCACCCCAGAAUCUAUCAGAAAAGGGUUAAAUUUGUCAUCAAAACACCUUCAUAGAAUGUGCCAUAAGUUGGCACUCACAGAUAGUACCACAUAUACAUAAAUAUACAUACAUACGUGUGUGUGUUGCUGUUUUGCACAUGCUAGGCAUGUGCUCUUCUACUGAGCUACAUCUUCAGUACCCAAGUUUGUUUCCUUGAAGCAUAGCACUUCAAAGUGUUUACCCCUGGUGUUAAAUCGUAUAUAAAAUGCACUAAUGAGAUUCUUAUAUGAAAAAUACCAUAUCAUCAAUUCUCUUUAAAGUAAUGAACCCUUAAUUUAUUUUCUACAACAAUUUAAACUUAUGCAAAGGCAUUUAAACCACAGAUUUCCUUCAAGUUAUCACCCUACAGCUAGAGACAAUGAAAGUCAAGUGAGGCUGUCCUAUUGCCUAAUUCAUUGGUGGCCAGGUUCAGUCCAACCUUUGACCCUAUACUUUUCACCCACAAACUUGUUUAACCUCUUUGUGAAUCUGCAUAUAACACUCUUUUAACGUGAAAGGCUAUUUGCCAUUAUUUGCCUUCUCAGAGAGUGUUUUUGUGAUUUAGUGUGUGGUUCUAUGCUCAGAGCAUAUGGGGUCAUAAGGUUAAGCUUUACUACGAUUAAAUACCACAAACAUCUCACAGAAGUGCAUAAGAUAUUGAGUAUCCACUACCUACUACUUCCUGUCUUGUAGGAAGAUUCUGGCAUAGUUUUAGAUGAAAUUGUAGCAAGAAAAAUUGCAUAAGCAUAUGUGGAAAUAAACACACUUUUGGUGA